AUGAGCCAGCAAGCCGGAAGCGGUCACCGAGUGAAUUUCGCAGAAGAGGAGCCGAUGUGAGUGACGGAAUCGAUCGAUUCUCAUCAGAAUUUGUCAAUUUCAGGACUCUGGGCGAAAAGAUCAGUCAUCGGAUGGACCAAUUCAAGGAAAUGGUCUCGAGUGGCUGUUGUUCGUGUGCCAGCAAGGUGAGAAAUCGGCAGAAUUUCCAUUCGAAUUCCGAGUUUUCAGUGUCCGUCCGUGGCGAUCGUGCUCUGUCUGGCGCUCGUCCUUCUCGGCAUUCUGGCCGCCGUCCCUCUCACGCUCAUGCUCACCUCUUCGGCGCAGAAGAUGUCUUCCGACAGCACGGACCUCUCCCAACACCUCAGUCGGCAUCCCAAAUCGUGGCCGAACGUCGACAAACUGCGGUUCGACAACCUGGCCGGAAUUCCGAUGACGUCGUUGUUCCCGCCGAAUGUCUCCACGUGCUCCGGAUUCGGAUUCGCCUGCACUGACGCCGUCAACAGAAUCAUCCCGGCUUCGCAGCGAUGCGACGGAUUCAACGACUGCCAGGACGGAUCCGACGAGGAAAACUGCAAGGAAUGCCAGUCGGUCUUCUCGUGUCCGUCGCAUGUCGAGGAGCAGUCGAAGAAGAAGCGGAAGACGAAGAUCCAGCCGACACUCAUUUGUUUGUCCGCCGAAAGACUGUGCGAUGGCGUGCAGAACUGCCCGGACGGCUCCGACGAGGCCAUCUGCAGCUCGACGUGCACGAAAGAGCAGUUCAAGUGUCCGGGUAACAACGCGUGCCUGCCGCUCUCCGCAAAGUGCGACGGAAUCAGGGAUUGCUCCGAUGGAAGCGACGAGAAGAACUGCGAGAAGUGCGUCAAAGGAGCCCACGUAUGUUUCCCUCCAGGUUCAGAUUGAAACAUUGCUGGUUUUUAUUUCAGAAAUGCGGAAAACAAUGCGUGAAACCGAGCCAAGUGUGCGACGGAGUGGCCCAAUGCGCCGAUGGCUCCGACGAGAAAGAAUGCGACUGCAAGACUUGCUCCGGCUCCGAAAAGGCUCUCUGCGACGACGGAACGUGCAUCAUGCGCUCCCAAGUGUGCGACGGAAAGAAGAACUGCGCCGACGGAAUGGACGAGCAGGACUGUCCGGGCUCGUGCGCAAUCGAAGCAGCGAGCACGAGCAGCAAGACGAAGAGAGUGAUGUGUGCCGACGGGAACGAAUACACCGAGGCGGAAGCGUGUUCCGGAUUGUACGAGGAUUGCGAGCAGAGAUGUCCCAAGUGCCAUCCGAAGCUCACGUUCACCUGCCCCGCUUCCGGCGGAAACGCGAAGAAGUGCAUCCGUCGGAGCAAGGUCUGCGACGGAGUCCGAGACUGCGCCGAUGGUUCCGACGAGACGGACUGCACGUCAGCGAGAGAAUGCGAAGAGUCGAAGGAGACUCAGUUCGUUUGCGAUCGCAAGUGCCUCGAUUCGAGCCGCCGAUGCGACGGAGUCUACGAUUGCGAGGAUGAGUCGGACGAGAAGGGCUGUGCCAAGUGCCCAUCUGAUUCCAUCUUCUGUUCCUCUGAGAAAAAGUGCCUUCCGGCGUACACCCGCUGCAACGGAGCCGUCGACUGCACCGACGGAAGCGACGAACAGAAGUGCUCGUGCGCCGGUAAUCCCGUCUAACCCUCCCGAUUCUCAUUAUUUCGUUUCCAGAAUGCGUCGGAGCUCACUCGAACACGUACAUGUGCGACGGCUCGAAGCGCUGCCUGAAGCGUGACGAAGUGUGCUCUCCGUACUCGAUGUGCCCCAAUGCCACGUACACGGACAAGGCCUUCUGCGCAGCGCUGGUGCUCAAAAGCUCGGGAAUGUUCCCGUAUUGA